GACGAGGCCGUCCAGCCAUGUUGAGAAGUCUGUCAAGCAAAGUGCAGCCCGCCAUUGUGUAGACACCAAGCAGGCUGUGUAGGGAGAUAGGGGCGCUCGGCUCAACAUUUCAUCCGUCGCGACGCGAAAUUCUCCAGCCUGCCGCUCGUAAUAUAUUUAGGCACUCAGCCGGGGGGAAUAUAACAAAGACAUGUCAGCUAGCAGCCUCCUCGAACAGAGACCGAAAGGCCAAGCAAAUAAAGUACAAAACGGAGCUGUGACCCAAAAGGAUUCCUUGAAUGAUGAUGAGUUUGAGCCUUAUCUGAACACUCAGGCCAGACAGAGCAAUGCCUAUACGGCCAUGUCGGACUCCUACAUGCCCAGCUAUUACAGCCCCUCCAUAGGAUUUUCCUACUCCCUAAAUGAGGCAGCGUGGUCUACCGGCGGGGACCCUCCUAUGCCUUACCUGGCCUCCUAUGGACAGCUAAGCAACGGGGAGCCCCACUACCUCCCAGAUGCCAUGUUCGGGCAGCCGGGCCCCUUGGGAAGCAACCCUUUCUUGGGCCAGCACGGUUUCAACUUCUUCCCCAGCGGCAUCGACUUCUCGGCAUGGGGGAACAGCAGCUCUCAGGGACAGUCGGGUACGCCGCAGAGCUCCGGCUACAGCAGCAGCUAUGCGUAUGCUCCCAGUUCCCUGGGAGGGGCCAUGAUUGACGGACAGUCCCCUUUUGCAUCUGCUGCCAAUGAACCCCUAAACAAGGCGCCCGGUAUGAACAGCCUGGACCAGGGCAUGGCCGGCUUAAAGAUCGGGGCCGUGUCUCCCGGGGGCAACGGGGACAUGGCUCCGAAGGUGGUGGGCUCUGGCUUACCAGGAGGGGGUCCUCUGGGACCCGUGUCUUCUGUAGGACCCCCCAGCAUGCCGCCCGUCUCGAUCACCCCCGCCAAGCCUGCCUCCUGGGCGGACAUCGCCAGCAAGCCAGCCAAGCCUCAGCCCAAGCUGAAAACCAAGGGCGGCAUGGCCGGGGCGUUUUUGCCGCCUCCGCCCAUUAAACACAACAUGGACAUCGGCACGUGGGACAACAAAGGCUCCGUGCCAAAAGCGGUCACGCCUCAGCAGGUGCUCCCAAUUCCGAGCAACGGGCAGCAACCCAAUCAGGCGUCCCCCCAGCCUGGAAGUACGGCGGCAGGGAACCCACAGAUGCCCCUGAGCAAUGGACAGCUGGUACCCCCGGUUUCCCAGAUGGGGCACCAUCAGCUCCCACCCGGCGGGCAGCCCGGCAUCGCUCAAAUGCCCCAGCCGCCGCUCUCCCAGGGCCCCCCGCCGCCGAGUCAACAGCAGCAGGCCGCCCAACCCACCCGCUGGGUGCCCCCGCGGAACCGGGCCAACGGAUUCGCGGACAGCGGCGGGACCGGAGUGGGCCAGUCGCCUCCCGCCUCCUCCGGGGUGGGUAUGGUUGCCGGGGUGUCCUCUGAGCCUCACCCAGUCUUAGAGAAGUUGCGUAUGGUCAACAACUACAACCCCAAGGACUUUGACUGGAACCCCAAGCAGGGUCGCGUGUUCAUCAUCAAGAGCUACUCGGAGGACGACAUCCACCGCUCCAUUAAGUACAACAUCUGGUGCAGUACGGAGCACGGCAACAAGAGGCUGGACGCCGCCUACCGCUCACUGGGCGCCAAGGGGCCGCUCUACCUGCUGUUCAGCGUCAACGGCAGCGGGCACUUCUGCGGCGUGGCCGAGAUGCGUUCGGCAGUGGACUACAACACGUCCGCCGGCGUGUGGUCGCAGGACAAGUGGAAGGGGCGCUUUGACGUGCGCUGGAUUUUUGUCAAAGACGUUCCCAACAGUCAGCUGAGACACAUCAGGCUAGAGAACAACGAGAACAAGCCGGUGACCAACUCUCGGGACACGCAGGAGGUGCCGCUUGACAAGGCCUGGCUGGUGCUCAAGAUCAUCGCCGGCUACAAACACACCACCUCCAUCUUUGAUGACUUUUCACACUACGAGAAGCGUCAGGAGGAGGAGGAGUGUGUGAAAAAGGUGGAGGUCCAAGGCAGCGAGCCAUAUCCCAGCAACCCAAACAGGAGUCAUUACAGGCUGCAGGAUCGCCAGGGACGGAUCAAGUAACAGUUGGUGCUUUUGUCAAAAGACUGCAAAGCCCCCCUCCCCUCGCCCCCCCCCCCAUCCAUCCCCCCUCACGCACCUCCCCGCAAGCCCCCACCUUCCCCUCCCUUCCCGCCAGCCAUUGCAUCAUCACAUCCAACAUGUCUCUUUAAGAAAUUCUGAAACUGAAGAAGGCUGAAGAAUUAACAGAGGAUGAGAAUUAAAAACACAAUGAAGACUUUCUUGAUUUCUUUUGACUUUAAAGACUUACUUGGAACUUGUAGUUUAAAAAAACAAAACGAAACUAAAAGAGACAAACUAUUAUUCCUAGGACUACAACUUAAUGCAUAGCAUCCUUAGGUGAACUCUUGUUUUGCCAUUCCACUGCAUAUGCUUCUCUGACCUUUUUUUUUUUUUUUUAACGAAAGCAUCAUCUUUUUGUUUUUGUUUUUUUUUUUUUUACGGUCCAAGAGCAGGUCUGUCACAUUUAAAUCAACAUUUGCUUAAAAUGGUCUCGCAAGUGGGACUUCUCCUGUCAUUUUUGCAUCAUGUUUUCUGAGGACACAUGGAGACACACGCACAUUUUUCCCCCCUAUUCAGGAGGUCUUUCGUCACAGACGACCAUUUUCUUAAAAUGUCUGCCUCCCCCCUCCUUUUUUGGGAGGGGGGCUACCGUCCCUCUUCAUCUAUCUUAUCCCUUGUUCUUUCUCCAGGAGGUGACGUACAGAAUAGCUCUCAUCUGUUUUGCAUGCGUCAGGAUGAAUUGUGUCGAGGAUGUUGUAAAGGGAGAUGACAAAAUGGGGGAGUGUGAAAGCAGCAGAAGAAAACCCGUUAAGUUGAGCUUUGCUCAGAGUAUCUUUUAAAAGGGGCCCCGCUAACAGCCUUCAUUGGAUUUAAUUUGCCCGCCUUUUCUUUCCCUUGGACAGCUUGAUUCAUUGUUGCAAUGGGCUGCUUUCUUUUUGGGGUUGUUUUGUUUGUUUUUGUUUUCUCCCUUUUCUAACGACAGUGAUGCGAGUGGCUUUGCCGCCACUCUUUCUAUUAAUCAGUUCCAAAGUAAUAAAUGUGGUAUAUUAAGCAGAACUGGUGUGGAUUCCCCUUGUUUAAUUCUUAAAAACUGAAGAAUGUCUUUGAUCUACUAUACCCGUGCAGCCCAAACAUGACUUUUACCACCUUUCUCUACUUACCUGACCUACAGUAUCUAUACCACAACAUUCUCCGCUUUCCAUUUCUGACUGCUUACAUAAGCCAAUCGUAAUGAAAUUAGAUUGUAUUGUUUUGUUUUUUCUUCAGAAUGGCGGUUUUGGGGAAGUUUCAACACAAAAAGCCAACAUGCAAAGGUCCUCUUUCAAAACUACUGGCUUUUAUUUGUGGUCUAAAUAAAGAUGCUCCACAAAA